GGCUCCGUGCCCCGCCCUUCCCCCCUCCCCGCCGCCCUCGCUCUCCCCCGGGCGGCCGGAGACGGCGGCGGCGUCUGCGGGAAGCCGAGUGUCUCCGCAGUGACGUGGGCGGGCCGAGGGCUCGGUGACGUCAGAGGGCUGUGUGUAGCGAUGUGUGUGGGGUUCGGAGCGGCGCCGGCACUGCCGAAGGGAGCGGGCGAGCGGCGACGGCGGCGGCGGCGGGCACAGAUUAAUUAAAAGAAGAAUGAACUGUAAUCCCUGAAGAUAACUGGGCAAUUUUUCAUUAAAUAUCAAUUUGAAUUAUGAACGUUUAGUGGAGUUAAAGGCUUUUCCUACUGGUGUGAGGAUUUAUACAAGUCUUCAUUUUGCCAACACAGGCUAAUGCCAUCAUUUUAGAGGAACUAAUACUUACCCCAACACCUUUAUGGUGUCAGCGGCAGAAAUGAAUCUGGUUACAUCGUUUUGACUUGUGCUUGAGUCUAGAUUUUAUUGCACAAGUGAUGGAAUGAGCCUUCCAUGUGUUUUACUUUAAAAGAACCAAACCAGACAAUUGCAUUGAAUCUGGAUAUCUUGACUUGAGAAAUUGGUAACUUUGUUUUGCUAAAUGUGCCUGAAGAAUUCAAGAAAAGAAAGGUUUCUUCAGAGGUGUGACUCUUAAAAUCAAUUACUAGAGCUAAAACAAGUUUUUCAGCAUUUGCAGUAGAAUUAUACUAGGGUUUAAGCAGACACAAGCUAAAAGGUACGGAACCUAUUGAAUGAGGCGAUUGCUUUGGAAGGUUUUCUAUUAGUUAAGUUACCGUAAGUAUUUGUGGACAGUACUUUUCUCCAGAUAAGAAAUUAAUUGAAAAUGCAAAUCUCAGACUUAAUUAUUUAACACAUUUUGUCUCAAUGGAAAACCUACAGACAAACUUCUUGGUUCAAGGCUCAAAUAAAAAACUGAAUGGGAUGGCAGAUGAUGGCAGCCCCCCCGUGAAAAAAAUGAUGACAGACAUUCAUGCAAAUGGAAAGAUGAUAAAUAAGGUGCCAACGGUGAAGAAGGAGCAUGUGGAUGAUUUUGGAGAAGCGCCGAUGGAGACUGACGGAGAGCAUGUCAAGCGAACCUGUACUUCUGUGCCUGAAUCUUUAAAUCUAAAUCCCAGUUUGAAGCACACGCUGGCACAGUUCCAUUUAAGUAGUCAGAGCUCUCUGGGUGGGCCAGCAGCAUUUUCUGCUCGCUAUUCCCAAGAGAGCAUGUCCCCUACUGUAUUUCUGCCUCUUCCAUCGCCUCAGGUUCUUCCUGGUCCACUGCUCAUCCCUUCUGAUAGCUCCACAGAACUUACCCAGACUAUGUUGGAAGGGGAGUCUAUUUCUUGUUUUCAAGUUGGAGGAGAAAAGAGACUCUGUUUGCCGCAAGUCUUAAAUUCUGUUCUUCGAGAAUUUUCACUUCAGCAAAUAAAUACAGUGUGUGAUGAAUUGUACAUAUAUUGUUCAAGGUGUACUUCAGACCAGCUUCAUAUCUUAAAGGUCCUGGGAAUACUUCCAUUCAAUGCCCCGUCUUGUGGGCUGAUCACAUUGACUGAUGCACAAAGACUCUGUAACGCUCUGUUGCGGCCACGAACUUUUCCUCAGAACGGUAGCGUACUUCCUGCUAAAAAUUCAUUGGCCCAGUUAAAGGAAACUGGCAGUGCCUUUGAAGUGGAACAUGAAUGCCUGGGCAAAUGUCAGGGUCUGUUUGCACCCCAGUUCUAUGUUCAGCCUGAUGCUCCAUGUAUUCAGUGUCUAGAGUGCUGUGGAAUGUUCGCACCUCAGACAUUUGUGAUGCAUUCUCACAGGUCACCUGACAAAAGAACUUGCCACUGGGGUUUUGAAUCAGCCAAAUGGCAUUGUUAUCUUCAUGUUAACCAAAAGUACUUAGGAACACCUGAAGAAAAGAAACUGAAGGUAAUUUUAGAAGAAAUGAAGGAGAAAUUUACCAUGAGAAAUGGAAAGAGAACUCAGUCUAAGGCAAAUGCACCAUCAGGAAUGGAAAUACAGUCAUGGUAUCCUGUUAUAAAGCAGGAAGGUGACCAUGUUUCUCCGACACAUUCAUUUUUACAUCCCAGCUACUAUUUAUACAUGUGUGAUAAAGUGGUUGCCCCCAAUGUGUCACUCACUUCUGCCAUAUCUCAGUCUAAAGAGGUCACAAAGACAGAGGCAAGUAAGUCUGUGUCACGAACAUCAGAGAAGCCUCACGGUAGUGGUAAACAUCAAAAAGCAGUGUCUUACCCAGAUGUCUCACUUGAGGAACAGGAGAAAAUGGAUUUAAAAAUAAGUAGAGAAUUAUAUAACCGUUUAGAUCCAUCAAUCUUACAUAGUUCUGUGAGUAAAAAGAAAUCUGACUCUACCACUUGCCACUUAGUCAGAGACACAAACAAGUUGGGAAUUGGCCAUGAUACUGCAGAAUCAUCUCCACUCCUUGUCAAAGAUGUCGUUUGUGAAGAUGAUAAAGGAAAAAUCAUGGAGGAAGUAAUGAGGACUUAUGUAAAACAACAGGAAAAACUGAACUCAAUUUUGCAAAAGAAGCAACAACUUCAGAUGGAAGUGGAAAUGUUGAGUAGUUCAAAAGCUAUGAGGGAACUCACUGAAGAACAACAGAAUCUGCAGAAAGAACUUGAAUCUUUGCAGACUGAACAUGCUCAAAGAAUGGAAGAAUUUUAUGUUGAACAGAAGGACUUAGAGAAAAAAUUAGAGCAGGUAAUGAAGCAAAAAUGUACAUGUGACUCAAAUUUGGAAAAAGACAAAGAGGCUGAAUAUGCAGCACAGCUAGCAGAACUGAGACAGAGACUGGACCACGCUGAAGCUGAUAGGCAAGAACUCCAAGAUGAACUCAGACAGGAGCGGGAGGCAAGACAGAAGUUAGAGAUGAUGAUAAAAGAGUUAAAGCUGCAAAUUUUGAAGUCAUCCAAGGCUGCUAAAGAAUAGGAACUGUUAAAGAGAUCAUCUGUGUAUACUGACAGGGUUUUUUUGUUUAUUGCUUGCUUUGGUAAUAGAAUUCUGAACAACUUAUCCGCAUGACAAUAGCUAGGCAUUCUACCCAUUUGUAGAUCAAAGAAAGUGAAGAGAUUAUAUAUUAGUACAUAAAUUUUUACAUUUUCCAAAUGAAUGAAAAUGUAGGUUUCUUUGUAUUUUUUUUUCAGCUUAGUAACAAUAUAGGAUUUCAAGUAGUAGAUAACCUGCCUAUAUUUCUAAUGUGAAUUUAACAGUUGUAUACUUUUUAAAAGCUGCAUUAUGUGAUGGGAAAUAGCUGUGGUCAAUUUUGUUAUCCAUAUUUCAGACUCAAUUUUAGAUAUAAUGGUGGCAUUAUAUUUCAAAUAUAUACUAUAGAACUAUUCAAGGAGUUGAAUCUGCAUUUUUCUUAUUAACACAAUCUCCUUUAUAAGUGAUAUAUAUACUCAUUAUUAUACACAGACAUUAGCUUUUACUUUGUUCAGAUUGUGGAAUGAAUUUCUUCAAUCCUCAGUUCUCUUUUAAAUGUCUCCUAAGAGGAAUUUCAUUAAUGAAGGAAUAGCAUAACCCAUGGGUGUCAUUGGAAAGAGUAAGAUGUUUUGUUACGCAUUGCUGCUAAAUGUAAGAAGCAGUUGUAAUUUGUUUUUCAGGUUUAAUGUGGUUAUAUUUAGAAAUUUUUUACGCUGUAUCUUCAGAAAAAUAAUGAUUUCUGAACUUUUGUUUAUGUUGUUAAUAGUGGUGUGAAAAUAAUAAUGUUGAGAAGAAUUGGUGUCAUUGAUGUACAUCAGUUUCUAUAGAAUCCACAGUCCUUCUGUACAGGUUUUGUAUGUAGCUAUGGGUUGGAAUGAAAUUUAUAUAAUGGAUUUGUUUUCCUUUAAAUUGUAAAAUAUUAAACAUAUUGAAGGUUAUUUUGGACUUUUGUAUGUUAAAUGUUAAGUCUUACCAAAAAUUUGCACGAAUGGACCAUUUUCAAUUACUACUUAAUAUCAAAAUCAGGAAUUUACAGUCAACUGAUAGUGUAUGAUAGCUUUGUAUAGGAGUUUAAUUAUCUGCUACUAAAAUUUUUAGAUAAUUUUUAGUUUACAAAAGAAUUCCAUAGUUUGGGAAGAGGCAACAUCUUCUGUACUUUUUUUUUUUUGCACAGAAAAGUCUGUCACUCUUUAAAAGCAAAUUUCCUGUUAAUUCUUGGCUUAAAAGAUAAUAGAAAAAAAAUUGUUAGUAUGCAGUUUUUUAAAGGAAAGUUUCCUGAAACCACCAGUAGUUGACAUUAUUAACCCCAUGAAUUUUGUUUUUCAUGCUUUCUGACAAGGUUCUGUAUGAAAUUAUUACAAGUGAACUAGAAUGAAAGUUGUGUGCUAUGUCCAUUGUAGAAGGCAGGUACUCUAAUGUUGGUAGAACUUAAAAAAAAAAAAAAAUCACAUAGCUUAUCAUUAACCAGUUAUUUUCAGAUUGUUCUUAAUGGUACUCAUAUAUCCCAAAAGAAUUUCUAUAGUUCCUAAAAGGGAACUUUACUAAACAGAGUAUGAUCUAAAUGUGUAUUUUCUACUUUUCAUUUCAAUUUUUACUAUAUUUACCCUGUAAUUUAAUUUAUUGAUUCUUGGAAUCUCAAGAUGGAACAAAUGUUGAAAAUGCAUAUCUCCCUAAUAUAAUUUAUUUAGACCUUGCAAAAAAAUUACACUUAUGAUACACUUUUAUUUUAGUUGUAAAUUAGUUGUGUAGUAACUCAUAUUUUUGGAAGGCAAAAUCAAGUACCUAUAGUUUCAUUUAGUUUUCUAAUUCACUUAUGUUACUUAUUAAAUGAUAAGUUCUGCUUAUGUUACUUAUUAAAUGAUAAGCUUUCUUAUCAUUUAUGUUACUUAUUAAAUGAUAAGUUUACUUGUGUCAAUCCAAAACUUCUAAAAUAACUUGCUUAGCCUUUGAAAUACAUUAUAAAAUUCUAAGCAGUGUCUAAAUACUUUUGAAUUAUUUUAAACUCUUUAUUUUUGUAGUCCUUAACUUAAAGGAAACUUGCCAUAUGAUACUCUUCAUUUCCAGUACAUUAGUGUGCCAUAGCUUUCUAACUUCCUUGAAAAUAGUUUUUUAGUCAAUUGUAGAUAUUACAGCUAUUAUUGUUAAAAGUAACUCUUAAGUUAUACUGUACCACACAGCUUGAAAACAAUAGAUUUUGUAAAACUUUUAAAGUGGCCUCUGCUAAAAUGUAUUAUCCAUGUAACCCUUGUUUUUUCUUUGCAUGCGUGUUUUGUGUGUGGGUUGCUACCUUAAAGUUUGUUUUGGUAUUAGUUUAUGUGUGCCACAUUCUUUAGCAGAUUCUAAACUUCAUAUUACUUUUUAUUUUUUAAGAAAAGUAAAAAUGUUUACUCUAAAAGGCUGCAUAGAAGAAACAACCUUUAAAAAGUUUUAACUUGUAUGUCUUUAGAAGGAGGAAAGAAUAGCUUACUGGGUGGUUUAAUUUGGGUGGUGAUAGUUAACAUAGUCUGAAUAUUAUGAGAAAAAUGUACCAAAUCUAAAAAGUAAUCUGCGUAAAACUUCCUUCUGUCAUUGAGGAAAUUCUUAAAACAUCCUAAUUUCAUAAGUGUAACUUGUAACACUAUAAAAACAUUUGACCAACAACUUAAAUUUGGCUUGUACUUUAGAUUUUGUAAAGCAUAUUUUGCUUGAAUUUCUGCGUCAUGAGAACCAGUAUGUUUUAUGCUUCUUGAACCAAUUUUAUAGCAUUUAAUAUAUUACUGGUUUAGAUAUAAAACAUUUGUACAUAUUGAAUUAUAAAGCAGUUACUGAAGUAGGUUAAAUAGAUUGAGUACUAUAUUUGCAGGUUAUUCAUACCUUUUAGAAGUUAUGACAGAGCAACCAGUUUAUUUGCACAUCUGUGGCUUCUGUUUGAAGGAAAGUAAAAUGGUAAGGAAACUGAAGUAAUAUAAAACAUGCUCAAGGUAUUUUUUCUAGAAUUAAAGCUGGUGUUGAUGGUUUUUGAUCAACUUCUAAAAUUUUCUCAACAGUUAAGACUUGUGUUUUGGUUAUCUAGGGAAGAAUCCUCGUUUUUUAUUUGCCUUUUAUGAGUCCAAUACACAUGACAGGACAUUAAAAAUUAACAAUGAAAAAUUGUGCUUAUACUGUACAUCUAUUUCUGUGCUUAGAACUACUUGUUAAUAGUUUUUAUGGAAGCUCUCAGCAAUAAGGGACUUAUAACUGCUGUAAUGUAUGUUGUGGAAUUGAAUAUUUAAACAGCUUAAAUUUUUGUUGUAGUAUAGGCUCCUUCCAAUAUUGGAAAAAAAAGCAUUAAGGGUAUUUUAUAUUGCAUCUUGUUUCAAAGGACAGUGUCUCUCUUUUUUGGUAAAAUCUUUCCAUUUAAAUGGCUUCUAAACUAAUACACUUUGGAGCCCUGUUUAGUAAUACAGUUAAAUGUUUUAUGUAGCGCUACUGUUUUUGAAUUAGAAAGUGAUCAAAUGUAAAAACAAUUCUAAAAGUUAAGCCCAGAAAACAAAAUAGUGUAUUAAGUUAGUAUAAUAUAAAAGAAAUUUAUAAGAUUUUUUUUUCCUCACUAUAGAUACCUCACUUGAAAAUAAAGCACAGCAUACUUAAAGAAGUAGUUCUGGUAAAAACAUUUUACUAAAAUAAUUGCUAAACUUAGGUAUCUUUUGAAGAAUUAGAAUUUUUGAGAAUUAAAAUAUACUUGCUUUAAAACAUCUUGUUAGGACUGUAUGUUUAUCUUGAUAAUUUUAAGCCAACAUAGAAGUCUUAAAUUAUUUCUAAACUUAAUCUGUGAAGCGGUUAAUGGGAAUUAGCUGUUCUGCAACUGUUGUACACAUUGCUGACUAUUGACCAUAACUCAAUUUAAAACUUUGCCAAUGAUGUACAGUUUUAUGGUUAAAAUUGCUGUGGUUGGUUGCAUUACAUGACAAACAAAACUGUCCUCUACCUCACGUGAAAUAAAUAUUUUAUAUGGUUUUACUAAAAUAUAAGACUCAUUUAUCUGGUCACUUAGUUUACAAAUUUUGAAUUAUAUUUAUUGAAACAUGGCAUACUGUGCUCUUAGCUUAUACCUCAAUUGUAUUUUGUGCUGUUUUCCAUUUUCAUGGCUUGUAAAUAACUUGUAUAGAUUGUGGAUCAAAUUCCAAAUAAAAACUUUUAAUGCCAAUGAAAUUUGAUUGA